AUGUGGUGUCAAGACAUGUUACGUACGAAAUUGCUGAUUGGUAGUCUCAGAAGAUUAUAUUCAUCAGGCGCCUCUACUCUUGAAUACAAGGCAAGAAACGUCCAGAUUCAAAACAACGUAUCCAAAUGGUAUCCCUCCCUUUCACACCUUCCGAAAACCACGACAGAUAUAUCAAAUUUCUUUAAACAAUAUAAUGGGUUAGCAGAAGAUGAUCGAUCAGUUAAGCAUAUUCUUCAAGGAAAAAUCAUUGGUAUGCGAUUCUCAGGGAAAAAGAUUGGAUUCAUCAAUCUCUUAAAUGAUAAGCAUACUCUACAGCUAAUAGUCAACUUUAAUAACUUAAACAUGACAAAUGAAGAGUUCCAAACGCAUUUGAAACAGUUCAAGGUGGGAGAUCAUAUCCAAGUUUCAGGUUUUCCAGGAUUAUCACAGAAACAAAAGACCUUGUCUUUAAAGGUAACAGAACCCAUACAGAUACUUUCUGCAUCACAGAUACCGAUUCCGCCUAAACUUGAGGAUGCAAGCAAGAGAAAUUCAAAUAAAGUUUUGGAUUAUCUAGUUAAUGGUACGGAAACUCUAUACAUACGGCACCUGAUUAUUAAGAGAAUCAGGGAAUGGUUGUAUAAUAGAGAAUUCGUAGAAGUCGAAACUCCCAUCAUCUCAUCCAAAUCAAGUGGAGCGAAUGCAAAACCUUUUGAAACGUGUUGCACAGCGAUCGAUAAAGAUGAGACAGCAGAACUGCGGAUAGCACCAGAAUUGUGGUUAAAGAGACUUUGUAUUGGAGGUAUGAACAGAAUAUUUGAGAUUGGGAAAGUAUUUCGAAACGAAGGUAUCGAUGCCACACACAACCCUGAAUUUACCACACUGGAAUUUUAUCAGUGUUAUACUGAUAUGGAGCAACUUAUAGAAAUGAGCGAGUCCCUUGUAAAAUACGUAUGCGAAGGAAUCGAUACUCCUAAAUCGAAAGAACUCUUACAACAUCUUGAGAAGAACGAAUGGAAGUUCAAAAGACUAGAGUUCCUACCAACACUGUACACUCAAACAAAUAUAGACUUCAGCACCAUAGAUUUGAACGAUGCUGAUGGAAUUAAAAACUUGUUAUUGAAGCAUGAUAUUCAUAUUCCUUCAAAUUGUCAGUCAACGCAACAGAUUUUAAACGAACUAUGCGCUAGAUACGUCGAAUCACAAUGCGAUACAUUACUUCCCACUGUAAUAUAUCAUCAUCCCACGAUACUAUCUCCUCUUGCCAAGUCAGAUCCAGAGCAUCCUCAAGUGACUAAGCGCUUUGAAAUAUUUAUAAAAGGCAAAGAGUACAUAAAUGCUUAUGAAGAAGAGAACUGCCCUGACUUGCAGUUAAAAAAAUUUGCACAACAGUCGGAAGCCAGAGACAAGUUCAACGACGCCGAAAUGAUGGGUAUUGAUUUGCCGUAUGUCCAAGCUAUGAAAUACGGAAUGCCACCAAUCGGUGGUUUUGGUCUUGGAAUUGACCGCUUGUGUAUGUUAUUGACUGACAGUCAGAGGAUCGAGCAAGUACUAAGUUUUGGUACAUUGGAUGAUGUAAACAGACAGUAA